AUUGUGUUAAUGAUCUGUUUGUUAGAUGAUCAAGACGAAUAGUUUGUAUGUGUGUGUGGAUUAAUGUUAUGACAGGAAUUUGAGAUGAAUAUGAAGCUGAUGAAUAGUAAGUGGAGGUUGGUGGGAGUUAUAAGGAAUUAUUAAGAGAAAAGGAAGAAAGACAUUAUCACUUUAUAUGUAUGAUUGAUCAUUUUCAUUUCAACCAUCUGAAUUUUUGAAACAUUUUGUUUUGCUUUUUGAGUUUUUGAUAUCAAUUGAGGAUCAGGUUUCCUUUAUAUAAAUGUUGUGAUACAAGGAACAGCCUGUUUUGAAAGUGGAAAUGAUUAAAUGCUUUAACUGGCUUUUACAUCUUUAUUCUUUAUAUUGUUUCAGGAAUUCAACAUGAUUGGUUCUUUUCUCACCAGAGGACUUGUUUUGUUUUUUGGUUAUGCUUAUCCUGCUUAUGAGUGCUUUAAAACUGUGGAACUGAAUAAGCCGGAUAUUCCACAACUUCGCUUUUGGUGCCAGUACUGGAUCAUAGUUGCCACAAUGGCAGUUUCUGAGAGGAUUGGUGAUGCCUUUAUUUCUUGGAUUCCAAUGUACAGUGAAGCAAAGUUGGCAUUCUACAUAUACUUGUGGUUCCCAAAGACUAAGGGAACAACGUACGUAUAUGAUUCUUUCUUCAGACCAGUGGUUUUGAAGCAUGAGCCAGAGAUUGAUCGUAACUUGUUGGAGUUGAGGACUGCAGCUGGAGAUAUUGCACUUAUGUACUGGAGAAAAGCUGCUAGCUAUAGUCAGACCAGAAUUUUUGACAUCUUCCAGUUUAUUGUUUCACAAUCAACUUCAUCCAAAUCAUCUCCCUCUGCUCCUCCGCCACAAAUGCAAGGCUCUAGAGUUCACAAACCUACUGCCCCACCAAAACAGGGAUCAACGUCAGCUGUAACAAUAAAGCCGCCACAGAAUGAAGAGCAGCAGUCUUCUUCUGCUUUGAAUGAGCCUUCAAGUGAGCAUGAAAAAGAUGCAGAAGGAGAGGUGGCACCCUCGCAAGCAAGCCCAACAGCUCCACCUGCUCCCUCCUCCAGUGCUCAGAAACCAACACCAACACCAAACGAUGUCCUAACUGAGACCACGAAAGCUUCAAGCUCGGGUGAACUUGUAGUGCGGCCUUCUGCAAGUCCAAGUGCAAAGCUUCCUGUAGAGAAAGUUAAUGAGGGAACUUUGAGACUCACACGUGCAAGGUUGAAGAAAAUUCGUACUGCUGCUUCAGGCCAUUGACUAUUGCGGGAUCGUUUUCUUUUAAAUGCUUCUUUCAUUCGUUAUUCCAAGUGGUCCAUGGUAUUCUCUGUAAUUGAAGUAUAUAAAGCAAUAAAAGUAUGCAAACUACUAUGGUGA